AUGGAUCUGCCUGUGAACUUCACCCACUUUACCCCCUCCAGCCCCGCGCCUCUGGACGCCAACCGCAGCUUCGGCGCAGAAGACCCGCGCCCCAGUCUGCCCCUCCUCUCCGUCUUCGGCGUGCUGGUUCUGACCUUGCUGGGCUUUCUGGUGGCAGCGACGUUCGCCUGGAACCUACUGGUGCUGGCGACCAUCCUCCGCGUGCGCACGUUCCAUCGUGUUCCGCACAACCUGGUGGCGUCCAUGGCCAUUUCGGAUGUGCUGGUGGCCGCCCUGGUCAUGCCACUGAGCCUUGUGCAUGAGCUCUCCGGGCGCCGCUGGCAGCUGGGCCGGCGGCUGUGCCAGCUUUGGAUUGCGUGUGACGUGCUCUGCUGCACGGCCAGCAUCUGGAAUGUGACGGCCAUCGCGCUGGACCGCUACUGGUCCAUCACCCGUCACCUGGAGUACACGCUCCGCGCCCGCAAGCGCAUCUCCAACGUCAUGAUCGCGCUCACCUGGGCGCUCUCCGCGGUCAUCUCCCUGGCCCCGCUGCUCUUCGGCUGGGGGGAGACCUACUCUGAGGGCAGCGAGGAGUGCCAGGUGAGCCGCGAGCCCUCCUACGCCGUGUUCUCCACCGUGGGCGCCUUCUACCUGCCGCUCUGCGUGGUGCUCUUCGUGUACUGGAAGAUCUACAAGGCCGCCAAGUUCCGCGUGGGCCCCCGGAAGACCAACAGCGUCUCACCCAUAUCCGAGGCUGUGGAGGUGAAGGCCUCCACUCAGCAGCCUGAGAUGGUGUUCACUGUCCGCCGCGCCACUGUCACCUUCCAGACAGAAGGGGACACGUGGAGGGAACAGAAGGAGCAGAGAGCCGCCCUGAUGGUGGGCAUCCUCAUUGGGGUGUUCGCGCUCUGCUGGAUCCCCUUCUUCACCACGGAGCUCGUCAGCCCCCUGUGCUCCUGCGACAUCCCCGCCACCUGCAAGAGCGUCUUCCUGUGGCUCGGCUACUCCAACUCCUUCUUCAACCCGCUCAUCUACACAGCUUUCAACAAGAACUACAACAGCGCCUUCAAGAACUUCUUCUCCAGGCAGCACUGA